CCCUCAGCACAAACAUGAGCAAGCUAAUUCUAAUUGCAGGUAAGGCACUUUUAAUCUGAUUAUACCAAUGUUUCCAAAAGUUCUGUUUUAAGCUAAUGCCAACUGUCACUUUUAAGGUCUUUCUUUGAUCAAAACCAGUUUGGGUGAGUUUACAUUUUGCAUUAAAAAGUUAAAAAGUAAAUAAUUACUGUUGUUAAACAAGGAUUUUUAAUCACAAAGUAACUCGUUGAUGUCUUAUGUGUUUCAGCCUCCUCCUACAAACUGAUGUGUUACCACACCAACUGGUCCAAAAAUAGAGCGUCCAAUGGGAGAUUCACACUUUCAGCUAUUGAUCCAAACCUGUGUACCCAUCUGAUCUACGCCUUUUCUGGCAUUAAUUAUGCCAAUGAGCUGGACCCUAACGAAUGGGGUUACGCACAAAGUUACAUUUCCUUUAACGGACAAAAAGAUAGCAAUCCAGAUCUCAAAACCCUUCUGGCAGUUGGUGGUUGGACCUUCGGCACACAAAAAUUCAGCACGAUGGUAUCAACUGCAGCCAACAGAGAAAGAUUCAUCCAGUCAUCCAUCACACUACUGAGAAGGUAUGGGUUUGAUGGGAUAAACCUGGACUGGGAAUUUCCUGCGACACGAGGGAGCCCUCCAGAGGACAAACAGAAAUUCACACUGUUGUGCAAGGAACUCCGAAUUGCUUAUGAAGCUGAGGGAACAUUGACUGGGCGUCCCAGAUUAUUGGUCACUGCUGCUGUGGCUGCUGACGAUCCAACCAUCAAUAUCAGUUAUGAAAUCGCUGAGCUUGCCACGUAAGCUACACUUUUUUCUUUUUUUUUCAAAUUUUACACUAUUAUUAUUGUUCCAGUGAUUAGCUGGAUUAGUCGUGUUAUUGACCUUGAUCAUACUUGUAUUUUUUUAGGUACCUGGAUUUCAUUAAUGUGAUGGCAUUUAACCUCCAUGGUGCCUGGGAGGGGGUCACCGUGCAUCACAGUCCC